CAGUCACAUCUCUCCAAACUGCACCUCUGUCUAGCGAGACUUGCGACUCUUCUUUCUCUUAUUUGGCCAAAACCACUUUAAAUCGGGCUUCCAUUAUCCGAUUCAACAUCCAUGCUGCCGGAAUGGAAGAUACUCGGCCUCAGUGGACCCCAGCCGCAUCAGUCCGAAAGAAAACAGCAUGCGCAGAAUGCAGACAACAAAAGAUGCGAUGCGAAGGCGAUCCAAGCACCGUAGAUCCUCCAGUUUGCUUACGCUGCCGCCGGUUAAGGAUUCCAUGCGUCUUUUCGGUGCCGUUCAAGAGGACACAUAAACGGAAGCGGUUGCAGGAGCUUGAGGAAGAGACUACUGCUUUAAAACGCCGGCUAUUGUCAGGUUCUCCAGCAGCACCUGGCAAUCCUCUGCGAAGAGAUACAUCACCCUCACGUCAGGAAGAGGAUAACGAUGUCUCGCGGAUUCCUACUACCACGAUAAUACGUCGUAAUGAACCGUCUGCUGACAACGACCCGACUCUGUCGAGGGCUAUCGACGGACUGGAGCUUACCCCUAGCAGUAUUGAUGAUUGCUUUGAACUAUACUUCAAAGACUAUCAUUCCAUGCUCCCAAUUCUCGAUCCUAGCGCAACACCGAACACAUUCUACCAACAUGCUCCAUUUCUGUUCUGGGUCGUUGUUUCUAUCGGAUCUCGAAGAUACACUCGACUACCUACUCUGACUCAAGCCUUAGCUCUACCUGUGACUCAGCUUGCUUUGCAAUCGAUAAUCGUCCGAACGAAACCGAUCGAGCGCAUGAAAGGACUAAUCCUUCUUCUCAAUUGGCCAUUUCCUUCCGGCCCAUUUUACCAUGAUUCAUCUUUUCUUCUUGCUGGUACUCUGCUUCAUAUGGCGAUGCAGUAUGGUCUUCAUGCACCUACUUUUAGUCAGGAAUUUUCAAAAACAUAUAUUAAUUUACUUGAACAGGAGCCCGUACGUAGAGCUGAGAUGUGGGCGUAUGUUGUCAUUACAUACCAAAGGACGUGCUCUAGUAGUGGGCAAGCAAACCUAGUCUCAUUCGAAAUCUAUAACGAGCAGAUACAAUUCAAAACCUUACUAGAGAAGCUACCUGUGACAUUACAAAUCCAAAUUCAAAUCAGCAACAUCGUCACUCGCGCGCAUAAAACCUUACUCGAUCUCGGGCUUCUCUCAAUGACUACGCAGCAGGAGCGUACAAUGGACGCUCUUUUGAAGGGAUUUAUUACCGAGUUGGACAGCUUAGAGAAUCUCGCUUCGUCAAGUUGGGACCGCCUCUACAUAGCUUCUGCUCGUCAAGAUCUUGUUGCAAUGCACUUUUAUAAGUCCGCAACAACUCUAGACUUGCAAUCCUGUAUGCUGAUAUUCAACGCCACAUCAAGUGUCCUCGAACAGGUCCAAGACCUUGACAAAGACUAUGGCCUACAUCGUAUAUGCACACGGUUUCUUUUAAUGGUUAUACUGUUUAGCUUGGCCAGUAUGGCUCGCAUCCUCAAAGGUCCAUUCGCAGGAUGUCUUGACCAAAUUCGCGGAUAUAAUCUCUUUGACAAUGGCGUUCGUUUCUCACGGUCCUGCUCCGUCCAGAAAGCAGACUUUGGGGAGAGAGGUGCGGCGUUUGCGGAGCAGAUCUGGAAGAGUAAGAAGGUGUUUCGCAACCCCGAUGGAUCAAUUAAUAUUACUCUCCGUGUGAGGAACCGUCUUUCGGGUGGUCCAUUGCAUGAUGCAAUUAGAUGCUGGAAGGAUGAAUUCUUUGAUCCCAAGUACAUGCAUUCUGCACCUAGCACGGAUAUUGAAACCGGUAUACCCUCGAGUGCUACCGCUGGACUCGAUGCUACGCUUGCUCCGAGGUUAGUCCCCAAUGGCGCUCUGUCUAGUUUCUCCGCAGUACCAGAAAUUUUGCUGAAUGAUGAGAUUUGGGGAGAUUUGGGACUAGGGCUGGGUGGCAAUUGGGAUGGGGCUGAGUCGAGUUUAAGCUGGAUGGCUUGAAUGGUACAGAUGAUUCUUUAAUUGUUACUUGUGUUUGGAACUCUGUUCUGGUUACAACGGCGACUCUAAGUUUAGCA